ACUACACUCAUUUGAAUUUGUUAUCAAAAUUGCCGUUCACAACUGACUCGGGUUUCCCGUUUUUCAAGCAACCGUAGCCUAAAUGGCGAAUGCAGCGGAGGAAUCCCAUCCGCCGUCUACGCUCCACUCCAAGUCAUCGCUUUACAUUUACGACCCAUACGAGAAACGCACUGUUCUGGUGCCCUUGAACAAUUUUGAUGCAUUCAUAUCCCUGCUUAAGUGUGUGAUAGGUACUGGAAUUCUGGCCAUGCCGCUAGCUAUUCGCUACUCAGGCGUUGUGGCCGGCGCCCUGCUCUCUGUGUUCCUGAUGAUUCUGCUUACCUAUUGCAUUCAUUUGCUGAUCACUGGGAUGACCGAGUGCUGUCGUCGCAUCGAAGUGCCGCAGGUAUCCAUGCCGGAAGCCGUGCGCAUUGCCUAUGAGUUGGGACCAGGCUGCGUGCAUUGCUUUGCUCGUGUGGCUGGAUUCUUUACCAGUUGUGUGUUGGCUUUUGGCCAGUUUGGUCUCUGCUGCGUUUAUAUUGUCUUUGUGUCCAAGAAUUUUAAAGAAAUCGGCGAUUAUUACCUUAAGGACUAUAACGAGCGUUACUACGUGCUCUGCGUCUGUGUGCUUCAACUCCCAUUUAUUAUGAUACGCAAGCUAAAGUUUCUGGUGCCGCUGAAUCUUAUAUCAAACAUUCUGCUCUAUGCGGGAUUCUUGUGCAUCAUGUAUUAUCUGUUUCGGGGACUGCCUAAUCUACAAGAGAGAGAAAUGUUUAAGCCCCCUACGAACUGGAUGAUGUUUUUUGGAAUUGCAGCCUUCUCGCUAACAGCUGUUGGAUCGAUGCUCGUCGUGGAAGCCAACAUGUCCCAUCCAGAAAGCUAUCUAGGCUUUUUUGGUGUGCUUAAUCUGGCCGUAUUCUGCAUACUGUGCUCAAACAUAUUUUUCGGAAUCAUGGGCUAUUGGCGAUACGGAGAACAUGUGGAAGCUAGCAUUACGUUAAAUAUUCCGCAAAAUGAGGUCCUUUCACAAUUUAUUAAGGCGUCCAUUGCGUUAGGCAUCUUUCUAAGUUAUCCACUGAACGGGUUUGUUUUCACUACAGUUGUCUUCAGUGACUAUGGAAAGGAGGGCAAGGAGGGCUCUAGCCGCAAUCGUCGUUGUGCAUUGGAAAUCUUGGUACGCCUCUGUUUUCUGUUGUGCACUGGCAUUGUGGCUGCUGUGGUGCCAAAUUUAGCCGCAUUGACCGAACUGGAAGGUGCAUUUUCUCUGUGCAAUUUGAAUCUCUUAUGUCCGGCACUGAUUGACAUGUUUGUGAACUAUGAUGUGGGCUAUGGUCGACUGCGUUGGAAGCUAAUACGUGACAUUUUGAUAAUAAUAUUGGGUAUUAUCUUUGGUAUUGUGGGCUGUACGGUGGCCAUAAGGCAGCUGGUGGAUGACCUUUCGCGUCUUCAACAGAACAAAAGUUGAUAGCCACUUGCUAACGUUGUAUUGACCAGUUGAAUCUUUGUCUGAAUUCAAGCAUUUUUUGGUGGGGCAAACAUUAUUUUAUUGUUGCUAUUGUUGUUGUUGGUUGGCUGGUUGUCUGCUUAGCUUCGUUGGGUUAUCCUAGCUAAGCUAGAGCUAUUGUUGAACAAUAUUUGUAUAUAGACUAAAUUUGUUGCCUUGACUGUUGCUGGUUUUACUCCAGGUUACUCUGUACCAAAAAUGAGGACAUCAGCAGGGUAUAAUAAAGUUGUGCGAAAGUGGAAAUACCUGUA